AUGGUCAAGUUGUCCGCUGCUGCCUUCAUUGAGACAAACCCAGACGUAUCAAAAGCGUUAUUCAACGCUACCGCUACCAUUGACGAGUCGAAGCUCGAGAAGAACGAGAUUCUUAUCACCGCUUUGGCCCUUCCUAUCAAUCCUUCGGACAUUUUCCAGGUUCAAGGGUCAUACAAGACUCCAAUCUUGAAACAAAAGCUUGGAAAUGAUCCUGACGAGGCUGAGGUUGCAGUCGGUGGAAACGAAGGCUUGUUUCGUAUCACUGCUGUGGGCUCCCAGGAUUUGGGCUACGCCGUGGGAGACUGGGUUAUACUUAAGUUAACCAGCUUCGGUACUUGGCGUUCCCAUGCCAUCGUCAGAGUGACAGAAGAUAACAAAGAUCCUUUGAUUGUGGUGCUGGGUGACUCUGGAAAGAUCUCAAUUGAUGACGCCUCCACUAUCUCGACUAAUCCCUCCACUGCGUAUCAGUUGAUCAACAACUACAUCAAGGACUGGAAUGCUGGUGAAUGGAUUAUUACCAAUGCCGGCAAUUCCUUUGUCAGUAAGUAUCUCUUCCAGCUCGCGAGGUAUUAUAAGCUCAACACUUUGGCAAUCAUCAGAAAGAAACUGGAAGAACACUUUAAGGACACUGCGAAUGAGCUCUUAAGUUUGGGUGCCACCAAAGUUAUCAGCGACAAAGAGUUUGAAGAGAGCAGCUUUGUCACCGAGAAACUCCCUCAAAUAGUGGGUAACGAUCCCAUUAGGCUUGCAUUGGAUUCUUUGGGUGGCCCAACAACUCCCAACUUGGUAGCGUCCCUCUCUCCUGACAACUACUUUGUUAACUACGGUGGCCUUGCUGGCGGCUUUGUUUCGUUUGACCCUAGGGUUCAAUUGGCCAAAAACGUUACUCUCAAGAGCUACUGGUUAACAAGAAACACUAGAAAUAACCCCCAGUCUAAGGUGGAAACCGUGAAGGCCUUGAUUAAGUUGUUCGAAGAGGGCGUCUUUGGGCCUGUGAAGUACAACAAGGUACCAUUCAAAGCUGGUGAUAAUCUUCGUGAUAUUUUUGUCCAGGCAAUUCAAAAUUCAUCCACCGGCAAGCAAGUUGUUACGUUCGAAGAACAUUUUCCAUGA